CAUCCUAUCUUUCCUCAUUCGGAUCGUUUCUCCAUGAAAUUCUGAGUAAAUUGUCAUCCUGCUGGAUUUUCUAAUCGGGUCAGAUCAGCACGUUGCGGAUAAAUAAGGUGCGGGAAACCAGAUCCGGUUUCAAUCCAUCUCCCAUCAUUUUUCUCGUCCAAACAAAAUAAAUAAAUAAAUAAGAGACGCGAUGGCGGUGCGUGGGUCGUGACCAGAGCUAUGGCAGCCGGAGGAGGUAAUCUGAAGGGUGUGGCGAUCAUCACCGGCGACGGCGUCGGCGGUUCUCUGCUAUUCAUCCAAGAUGCCUUCACUGGGUAUACUCAUGUGAGGGGAAGAAUCACAGGACUUACGCCCGGCCUACAUGGAUUCCACAUCCACUCUUUUGGCGACACCACCAACGGCUGCAACUCUACUGCUUUUCAUGCAGGUCCGCAUUUCAAUCCACUGAACAAGUCUCACGGGGCUCCAAGUGAUUGGGAACGACAUGCGGGUGACCUGGGAAACAUUGUGGCUAACCAAGAUGGAAUAGCCGAAGUAUAUGUUAAAGAUCUACAGAUUCCAUUAAGUGGACCAAACUCGGUAUUGGGAAGGGCAGUGGUUGUCCAUGCUGAUCCUGAUGACUUAGGCCGAGACGCUACCAUCUUGGCUUCAUCAUCGGCUCUAUCCGCUUGCUCGUCGGCACCUAACACUGCCCUGACUGAGGUCAUGAACUUAGUAAAACUACUGGUAAUGCAGGUGCAAGAAUUGGAUGCGGAAUAAUUGGCCUCCAGUCAUCAGUUUGAGCAGUGACUAUACUUGGAGAUGGCAUCUGAUAAUACUAGUUAAUGUAUCUCGGUUGUAUUUGGAACAAUCAAACGUCCUCUGGCUAUCCUGUACAUGUUAAUACGGGAAACUAGUGUAAGAACUCAUGCUCUUGGAUUCAUUUUGGAAUUGAAUAUUUGUUGAAGUCACUUAUCACUUAACAAAAGUGGAUAUGACACAUAUUAGCUUUUCAAUCAUGAUAUUAUUGUUCA